GUGAGCAGAGCAGGGAGGGUGAAUCACAGACCAGGAGCCAAUAAAACGUUCACGGAGGCAAGGACAUUGUGCAUAGCUGACAAAGUAGAGUCAGGAAAAGAGAGAGAGAGAGAGAGAGAAGCAGAAGCAGAAGCAGAAGCAGAGUGAUCAGGAGCUUGUAAAAUAUCAGCAUGAGGGAAAUAGUUCAUAUCCAGGCAGGCCAGUGUGGAAACCAAAUUGGAACCAAGUUUUGGGAAGUGAUAAGUGAUGAACAUGGUAUCGACCCAGCUGGAGGCUAUGUUGGUGACUCACCAUUGCAGCUGGAGAGGAUCAAUGUCUACUACAAUGAAUCAUCCUCUCAGAAAUAUGUGCCCAGAGCAAUCUUGGUGGACUUGGAGCCUGGAACCAUGGACAGUGUGCGGUCUGGUCCAUUUGGACAACUCUUUCGGCCUGAUAAUUUCAUCUUUGGACAAACAGGAGCUGGAAAUAACUGGGCCAAAGGACAUUAUACGGAAGGAGCAGAGCUGGUAGAUUCAGUGCUUGAUAUAGUAAGAAAAGAAUGUGAACACUGUGAUUGCUUGCAGGGAUUUCAGCUCACUCAUUCUCUUGGAGGAGGAACAGGUUCUGGGAUGGGAACGCUACUGAUCAGCAAAAUCCGAGAGGAAUAUCCUGAUCGGAUAAUGAAUACAUUCAGUGUCAUGCCAUCUCCUAAAGUCUCCGACACUGUUGUGGAACCAUACAACGCCACACUCUCAGUCCACCAACUGGUUGAAAAUACAGAUGAAACCUACUGUAUCGACAACGAAGCCUUGUAUGAUAUUUGCUUCCGUACUCUGAAGCUUACCACUCCAACAUACGGAGAUCUGAACCACUUGGUGUCCGCUACAAUGAGUGGGGUAACUACAUCGUUACGUUUUCCUGGUCAGCUAAAUGCAGAUCUGCGCAAGUUGGCAGUGAAUAUGGUUCCAUUCCCACGCCUACACUUCUUUAUGCCAGGAUUUGCUCCACUGACUGCCCGAGGGAGCCAACAAUACCGGGCUCUCACAGUCCCGGAACUCACGCAACAGAUGUUUGAUGCCAAAAAUAUGAUGGCAGCUUGCGACCCAAGACACGGACGGUAUUUGACAGUAGCUACAGUCUUCCGAGGUCCCAUGUCCAUGAAAGAAGUUGAUGAACAGAUGCUUGCCAUUCAGAACAAGAACAGCAGCUACUUUGUGGAAUGGAUCCCAAAUAACGUCAAAGUGGCAGUUUGUGAUAUAGCACCCCGUGGCCUCAAGAUGGCCUCUACCUUCAUCGGCAACAGCACAGCUAUCCAAGAGCUCUUCAAAAGAAUCUCAGAGCAAUUCUCAGCCAUGUUCAAGAGAAAAGCUUUCCUUCACUGGUUUACAGGAGAAGGAAUGGAUGAGAUGGAAUUCACAGAAGCAGAGAGCAACAUGAAUGACCUUGUGUCGGAGUAUCAGCAGUACCAAGAAGCGACAGCAAAUGAUGGAGAAGAAAUUUUUGAAGAUGAGGAGGAAGAAAUUAAUGAAUGAAGUCUAUCAAAUGCUGUUCUAAAAAUUAUUAAGUCUGAAUAGCUAGCUCUAGUGCUAAUCUUUUGCAGGAUAGUAAAGAAUAUAACAGACUUAUUUUUCAGGACUAUGUUGUUUUCCUCAAACUGUGAAUCAGAAAAAUCACCUUAGGCUGCAAUUUUAAGCACAGUUACUUGAAAGUGAGUGUUGAUACCAGCAGGACUUGAAUCAUCAAAGGAAAUGUGUUUUGCAGUGUUAUUGAGGCUUUUGCGUGCUAUUCUGUACUAAGUAUAUAGUAUUGAGUUGCUGGGAACAAACUGUUAAUAAAAGGAAUGGAAAAAGUCUAAUAUUUCAUAUAUUAAAUGCAUACCUGUAUAAAUGAAUGCUCAAACAUAGACAUUUAAAGACUAAAAAAAUAAUACCAUUUCUUUACACUAGUAGCUGGGAUGUCAAACCUCACACAAUUUUAUGACAGAAUCUGAGUCCUUCACUGGGGUUAAAAAACAGGAGUGUUGUGCUUCUCCAUUCAUUUAUAAUAUUGAGUUGGCAUAGUUAAAUGGUUAGGUCUUUCAUUCAAAUGCACAUGCCCACACAUAACUAUUCUCACUCCUGUGCCUUUCACAAGUACUGUCAGUUCACACAGGGAGAUUCUGAACCAAAAGGCCAAACAAGUGUUCGGUGUGAAUCAAGUGUGAGCCUUCCAAUACUUGCCAGAAUCCUCUGUAGCAGAGGCAGGGCUUGCAUGAGAGACUCAUCAUCACAGAAAGCUUGGGACCUCCAUACUGACAAGCUAACAAACGUGAUACUUUCCUGCAUAGGAAGUAUUUGCCCUUUCAUUUUUAUUAUCCAUUUUUGUUUGGUUGAUUGUGUUGCCAAGAUAUUCAUGCAAAUUUCCCCUUCCCUCUUAAGAGACUUAAGUAUUCCUUGCAACAUUCAAAUUAACUCACAGCAUCAUGUUAUUUCAUGUCUGGAUAUUUCCUUCUCUUCAACAUUCUCAAGCCUCAUCCACUUCCCCCAACUACAGCAGUUGAGCAAACAAGCAUAUGAACAGACCUCCCAUUUGUUGAGCUUGUUCUCCAAUUUGAAAUUUUUUAAAACUUGAAGUAUAGUAUGAACCUUAAAAAUCCCACCUGCAGUGUCAGGAAUUUCAUAGCAAAAUCCUAUGCAUGCCAACUCAAAAAGCCCCACUGAAGUCAAUAGAGACUUACCCCAGGCAAGAGUACCUAGAGAUGUAGGGUUCAGAACUUGCAGUAAUAGAGAAGUAUGGAAAUUAAAUUGAAUAGCUGGUUAGAAUGCUCUGCCAGAGCUGAGGGUUAUUACAUGCACGUUAGCUGCUGCUCUCCAGAGAGAUACUUCUGGGUUUUAGAAAAUAUAAGAACCGGAAAACACAGUGGCGGCCUCCCAGUAAGAGCAAAUAGGACACUUCCUCAUAAAUAGGCGUCUUCAGCCAGCUCUUACCUGCCUGCCUUCUUAACCAGUGAGGUGGCUCCUGCCUCUUACUGGUUCUGGGUCCAGCUACAGUUCUCUGCCUUCCACCCUACCAGUCCCAAUGGACACCAACCAGCACUGGGAAAACACUAAUGAUGAUGAUGAUAAUUUAUUUAUACCCCAUCCACCUGCCUGGGUUUCUCCAGCCACUCUGGGCAGCUCUCAACAGGAUAUUAAAAACAUGAUAAAACAUCAAACAUUAAAAACUUCCCUAAACAGGGCUGCCUUCAGAUAUCUUCUGAAAGUCAGAGUUAUUUCCUUGAUAUCUGAUGGCUGUUCCACAGGGCGGGUGCCACUACCGAGAAGAUCCUCUGCCUGGUUCCCUGUAGCUUCACUUCUCGCAGUGAGGGAACUAUCAGAAGGCCCUCAGCACUGGACCUCAGUGUCUGAGCUGAACGAUGGGGGUGGAGACGCUCCUUCAGGUAUACUGCGCCGAGAGCAUUUAGGGCUUUAAAGGUCAGCACCAACACUUUGAAUUGUGCUCAGAAACGCACUGGAAGCCAAUGUAGGUAUUUCAGGACUGGUGUUAUAUGGUCUCAGUUUCCCCUCUGAGGUAGAUCAAAUUAUUUCCCAAAACUUAACUGGCACCCGUGUUUCAAGAACCUGGUAAUGGCUUACAAAUAGUAGUAGUAUGUGCCAAUAAUCUUCAACUUCUGCCCUCUGUUAAUACAAGCAUCCAUGUCCUUCAUGGAUGCAGGCCUUCUCAUGAAUGGCUUCUGCUCCAAUACUCCAUUUCAGCUGAGAGCAAGACAACUUGGUGUCACUUCCCCCUGGUUUGUGGUGAUGCCAGGUUCAUCCUGAAUACCAGAUUCAAUGACUAGUGUGGCAAUCACAUUCUGAAAAGUAUUUCCUCUAGGCCUUCCACCCAACAAGAGUCAUAGAUGCAUCAUCUAUACAUAAAUAUACAAUUUUACCACAAAGCGCUUUUAUUCAUAGCCUCUCAUGCCUGGAGGAUUUGUUCAUGAAGUCCAGUGUGCCAAUUUUCUUUAAUUGUUUCCAAACUGUAUUUACAAAAUACAAUACAAUCAUAUGUUCAAUACUGUACAACUGCCAGUAAAAAAAAGAAACCUUUAUUAAAACAGCAAUAAUAUAAUUUAGACUUUACACAUUAUUCCAGCCUCGGACCCAAAAUUCUAUUGGAAAAGCUCUUUAGCAGGCUUCAAAUUUCACGAUGGACACCAGCACAGCUUUUUUUUCUUU